AUGUGUAUAGAUUUUACCAAUCUCAACAAGGCUUGUCCCAAAGAUAGCUUCCCUCUUCCUUCUAUUGACAGACUUGUUAAGAUGUCCUCUGACAACAAAUUCAUGAGCUUUAUGGAUACUUUCUCUAGAUAUAAUCACAUCUCCAUGGCUCCCAAAGAGCAAGAGAAAACAACUUUUGUUAUAAAAGAAGGCUUUGUGAUCUCGGAGAGGGAAAUUGAAGUGAACCCUAAGAAUAUUCAAGCUAUCCUAGAAAUGCCCCGUCCGAAGACAAUAAAGGAUAUCCAACGGUUGAUUGGAAUGGUGGUCGCACUCAACAGAUUUGUGUCACAAAUGGCUGACAAAUGGUUACUUUUAUUCAAGGUCUUGCACACCUCUUUUUCUUGGAUAGAGGAAUGCCAAAUAGCUUUUGGGAAGAUCAAAGAGUAUCUUACAUCUCCUCUGUUACUAAUGUCACCUCAUGAAGGAGAUACCCUUUACUUAUACCUCGCCACGUCUGAUUAA